AUGCUGUCACAAGCCACCACCACACACACACAAGGGAAUUUCCAGAUCUCGUCGCGGAAACUGCCCAUAUCUAAGAGUGGACCGAUAGACGACAUGUCCAAGAAGCUGGGAAUCCCGAUUCCGGAAAUGAUCUUUGGCGACAAUCUCGUCUCUAUCAAGCACGUCCCUUCCGGCUGGACGGUGUCAUUCACGGCUGAGGACGCCUUGGACCUGGUGGACAAGACAGACCGCAAUAUGCUGCAGGUUGCAUAUGCGGGAUCGUGGUCAUCCAGCCGCGAGCAGCAGACGGCCGGCAUUAAGGAGGUCGUCAAGCCGUAUGACUGGAGCUACAGCACUACAUAUAAAGGCACCGAGGCUGCCGGUGCCGCUGGCCAAGCGCUGGCGCCGGGAUCGACUCCCAUUCCUCUGGAGCUGCUGAAAAGGCGCGAUCCAAUCUUGUUCUUUGACGAGGUCAUGCUGUAUGAGAGCGAGCUAGACGACAACGGCAUCAGCGUCUUCAGCGUCAAGGUGAGGGUCAUGGCGCAACGGAUGUUGCUGCUGUGUCGGCUCUACAUGCGGCUGGACAAUGUCGUCGUGAGAGUGAGGGACACGAGGGUAUAUGUCGACUUCGAGAAGGGUCAAGUUAUAAGGGAGUAUACUGCAAAGGAGGACAAUUUCAACAACGCGAAGAGAAGUCUACUGAUGUCCGGUCUCCUCCCUGAUGCAAUCACCGUGGCUCUAAGGGAUGCAAACCAGAUAGCAAAUCUACUGCCUAUCGUCGAUCAGCAACUUGAGACCGUCUCUCUUGGGUCAUAG